CCUCACUCCCACCUCACCUUCCAUUUCAACUCGCUGGCUCUUCCUUCUCCUCUUCCUCUCUCCCUCCCUACUUUGAAUUGUCACUUCUCUCUCCCUCUUCGUUUCCGUGCGUACUUGUAGAUAGAACAUCCCAGAAAGUCACUGCUUCCUCCCGAGUAUAUCUCUACGAAACCUGCGCUUCCUUUUCUGAGGUUUCUCGAUAAAGUUGGAGAAGGCAGGUUUCUCUUUUUAAGAUCCUAAAGGCCUUUUCCCGAAGAGCACCACUGAACUCUCCAUGCAAAGCCCUAUCGACACCAAAAAGGCAGGCGUUUCCACUUUCAUAGCUCAAUGGCCAAUUUACUCCUUGGGCUGGUCCGUUCGCUGCGACAAGGGCUUGCGCCUCGCCGUCGGGAGCUUCCUUGAAGAUCAUAGCAACAAAGUCGAGCUUGUCCAAUUCGACCCCGACACGUCCGAUUUCGCCCCCGAAUCCCACCUAGCCUUCGACCACCCUUAUGCGCCGACGAACAUCAUGUUCUUCCCCUCCGAGGACCCCUCGUGCCCGGACCUAAUCGCCACCUCUGGAGACUACCUGAGGGUGUGGGAGAUCCGUGAGGACCGGACCGAGCUCAAAGCCCUCCUGAACGGCAACAAGAGCAGUGAGUUCAGCUCGGCCAUCACCUCGUUCGAUUGGGCCAGCUUCGACACACGCCGCAUUGCCACUUGCAGCGUCGACACCACGUGCACCAUCUGGGACGUAGAGAGGGAGGCGGUUGAUGCGCAGCUGGUUGCUCAUGACAAGGAGGUGUACGACGUCUCAUGGGGCGGAUUCAACGUGUUCGCCUCAGUCUCCGGAGAUGGCUCGGUCAGGGUUUUCGACCUUAGAGAUAAGGAGCGGUCGACAAUCAUAUACGAGAACCCCACUGCGGAUAGCCCGCUGUUGAGAUUGGAGUGGAACAAGGCCGACCCGAAGUCGAUGGCCACGGUUGGGAUCGAUAGUAGUAAGGUGGUGGUGUUGGACAUUAGGUUUCCGACCACGCCUCUCAUGGAGCUUAAUAGGCACAAGGCUAGCGUGAAUGCAAUAUCAUGGGCCCCGCGGGUUGGGCGGCAGUUGUGCUCCGUUGGCGAUGACUCGAGGGUGUUCAUAUGGGAUGUCCUUACCGCCGGAUUCCGGCCAGAAAAUGCCGGGGAGGUGGAGCCAGAGAUGUGGUACGGGUCCUCGGCCGAGAUCAAUAAUGUGCGCUGGUCGCCGGUCGAGAUGGACUGGAUCGCCAUUACUUACUUGAAUAAGUUGCAGCUUCUAAAGGUUUGAAGCUGCAUAAUUUGUACGUCAAGAGAUGUUUUUCAAUUUCAAGUAGUUGUAAUUACAUGUCUAAGUCUAACGUAAGUGCAUGCGAACUUUAAGCAGCAUGCUAGAGAAGGCUAACAACUGAUAAUAUUGCCGCCCUUGAUGAUUAGGAUAAAAUUCGAGAUAGAAUAAAUUAUAUUAUUUCUUA